UCAUUUUCGCCACCCAGCAAUCUCUACCGCUCUACCAUUUCCCUUCCUGCAUAGAUUUCUGUUGUUCUGUUUUCUCUUUGAGUCUUGAAGAUAUGGCGUUUUCAGCUGUUUCCCUGUGCAAGGCUUCCUGCGCUUUGCUUCCGUGCUUGACCUCUGCUUCUCCGAUCGCCCCUGCUUCCUCUGUUUCCGGCCUCGCGUUUCCGAGGAAGCGGAGCGGUGGAUUCUCCAUCUCCGCCGCGGCGGAGACGGCUGAUGCGCCGCUCACCGGAGUGGUGUUUCAGCCGUUUGUGGAGGUUAAGAAGGAUGAGCUUAUGGUCCCCUCCGGUGCUCAGGUCUCGCUUGCUCGCCAGAGGUACAUCGACGAGUGCGAGGCUGCGAUCAAUGAGCAGAUCAACGUUGAAUACAGCGCAUCUUAUGUGUAUCACUCCAUGUAUGCAUACUUCGACAGAGAUAACGUUGCGCUCAAGGGCAUGGCUAAAUUUUUCAAGGAAUCAAGUGAGGAAGAAAGGGAGCACGCUGAGAAGCUGAUGAAAUAUCAGAACACCCGAGGAGGAAGGGUGAAGCUGCACUCUAUUCUGAUGCCUCCUUCUGAGUUUGACAACAACGAAAAAGGCGAUGCGUUGCAUGCAAUGGAGCUAGCGCUUUCCUUGGAGAAGUUGGUGAAUGAGAAGCUCCUGAACCUGCAUGCUGUAGCUAAUAAGAACAAUGAUGUUGAAAUGCAAGAUUUUGUUGAGAGAGAGUUCCUGGAGGAGCAGGUGGAAGCCAUCAAGAAAAUAGCAGAGUAUGUUACACAACUGAGAAUGGUUGGAAAGGGACAUGGAGUGUGGCACUUUGAUCAGAGGCUCCUCGAUUAACAUUAAGGGACUAUAUGAAGGACCGUAGGGCUGUUUCUUUCCAGUAGGAAGGCUUAGAUAGUUUCAUCUUAUGUACUAUUUUCCUUAAUAGAGACAUGUUAAGAUGUUUUGGAUGUGUAUUAGUUGUAAUGGGGUUUGGUUAUAAUUAAUAAAAUCUCAGUUAUAAUA